UUUCCAUUUCUCCAUAGCCAAACCAAAAAUCUCACUUUCUUGUAAAACUCUCUUCCAUUUCUUCCUUUCUCUCACUAAACAAAAGAUCUCUUUCUUUCUCUGGUGAGUGCAAGUGGUUUUGAUGAUAAAAAACUGGAGUUUUUAAUUGAUACAUGGAGAGAAAAGAGGGAAUGAAGAUGGAGGAUGUACUGGGAAACUCAUCGUGUUCACAAUUCACGGUGAAUAAUUUCCCAUUACAAAGCAUAUUUGAUUUGAGUUGCAGCGAAGACGAGAAGAUCCUCUCUUUAGGGCUUAUGGACUUGCUGGGAGUUCAAGACUUGAUCAGUCCUCCUUUCUUGGAGAUCAUGACAGCUGAACAACAGGUUCCCUCUCUAAUAUCAAGCCAAGCACCUCCCACUCCACCACCUUCCAAGAAGAUCGAGUCUCCUGAGGCUAUUAAUCAGCCUGCAACUCCUAACUCUUCCUCGAUUUCACCUGCACCAAGUGAGGCUUUUAAUGAACUUGUUAAAGUAGAUGACCAAGAAGAAAACCAGAAAAAAACCAAGAAACAGUUGAAAACCAAGAAGACAAACCAGAACCAGAAGAGACAGAGAGAGCCGAGAUUCGCGUUCAUGACAAAGAGCGAGGUUGAUCAUUUGGAAGAUGGGUACAGAUGGAGAAAGUACGGCCAGAAAGCUGUAAAAAACAGUCCCUUUCCUAGGAGUUAUUAUCGUUGCACCACCGCGUCAUGUAAUGUGAAGAAAAGAGUGGAGAGAUCUUUCAGUGAUCCAAGCAUUGUGGUCACCACUUACGAAGGCCAACAUACUCACUCCAGCCCAAUCAUGCCUCGUCCAAAACUCGGCGGUUCUCAUCUGAGUACAGCCAUGUCCGCCGCAGCUUUUGGCAUGCCAAUGCAAAGGACUUCACCUCACUAUCAACAGCCAUUUACCAAUAGCUUGUCUCCUUCGAACUUUGGCCAUAACAUUGGUUCCACUAACAACAGUUUUCUUCAUGAGAAACGUAUUUACAUCCCGGGGACAGGACCGUCUUUGCUUAAAGACCAUGGCCUUCUCCAGGACAUUCUACCAUCUCAUAUGCUAAAAGAAGAGUAGCUUAGAAAAUAUCAGUACACUGAUAUAUGUAUUUUUCUUGCUGACAGGUGCCAAUUCCAUUUAAACAAACCUCGAUGAAUAUUACUAUAUAUAACUCGGACUU